CAGUGAUACCCCAAUAAUACCACUUUCUUCUUUUUUUUCUUUUUCUUUCAAGUGAUACCCAGCUUUUUGCAUCAUUCACAAUGGCCGACACCGUGAAGCCCACCGAAGUCCCCCAGGAGACUGUUCCUGCCACCGAGCCCGUCGUCAAGGCCGUGCCUGCCGAGGCCGUGCCUGCCGAGGCCGCGCCUGCCACUACCGAGCCCGCUGCGACAGAAGUUGAGGCCGCCCCGGCCACUGUCGCCGAGCCUGUCGCCGCCACCGAGGCCGCUGCCCCGGCUGAGGAGACCAAGGCGGAGGAGCUCAAGCCCGUUGAGGAGGGCAGUCUCGAGCACAAGGGCCAGGGUGCCAACUUCCCCAAGAACAUCUUCUACUCCAAGAAGCAUUUCUGGUUCGGAGCAGAGCCGGUCGAUGUUAAGUCUCUCGCCACUUUCAAGGCCGACAAGGCCAUCGAUGUUGCCCACCACGUUACUGCCUGGGCCGCUGAGACGGGUAAAGGCCUGCUCUUCUUUGGAGAGAAGUCUACCCCCCAUGGCGCUAUUCAGCUGGCCGAGGCUUCAGAGCCCGCAACCGAGGGAGCCAACAAGUUUCACUUCACCUCCAAGGGUCAUAAACACACCUUCAAGGCCUCCAGCGCUACCGAGCGUGAUAGCUGGGUUGCUCAGCUGAAGGCCAAGAUUGCCGAGGCGAAGGAGUUGGCUGCAACCAUUCCCGAGUCGGAGACGUAUAAGAAGACACUGGAAAGCCUCAAGCCUGCCAAGAAGGAGGAGAAGGCCCCGUCUGCCGAGCCGGUCGCCGAAGCCCCUGCAGCUACCGAAGAGGUUGUUGCCGAGGCCCCGGCUGUUGAGGCUCCCAAGGAGGAGGCUGUUGAGGCUCCCGCCGCCGAGGCACCCAAGGAAGAGGUAAAGAAGGAGGAGCCCAAGCGCCGCUCCGCUAGUCGCAAGCGCAACUCCAUCUUUGGCAGCCUGCCUUUCGGCAAAAAGGAGGAGAAGAAGGCGGCCGAGGCCGUUGCUGCCGAGCCCGCCAAGGAAGCCGAGACUGCUGCCCUUGCUGUUGAGGCCCCCGCCGUCGUGGAGGCCCCCGCCGCUGAGGUCGUUGUUCCCGAUGUUGUUGCCGAGACUGCCCCUGCUACCGAGGAGGCUGCUCCUGCUGAGACCAAGGUUGACGAGAAGAAGGAGGAAGUUGCUGAGGCCAAGCCGACCCCGUCUAAGCGCGGCAGCAUCUUCUCCAACCUCUCUUUUGGCAAGAAGAAGGUUGCCACUCCCGAGGCCGCCCCCGUUGAGGAGACCCCUGUUACCGCUGAGGCUGUCGCCGAGACGGCGCCCGUGAUCCCGGCUGUUGAUACCAGCGAGCCUCUCUCGGCUGAAGUUUCUUCGCCUGCCACCGUCCCCACUGAGACUGUCGAGGCCGCCCCUGCGACCAACGGCGAGACCAAGAAGGAGGUGAAGAGCGACAAGCGCAAGAGCUCUCUCCCGUUCACCUUCGGCAAGAAGGAGAAGGUGGUCUCAUCCGAUGAGGAGACCGAGAAGCCCAAGUCGCCUUCGGCAUUCUCUAAGCUCCGUGCCACUAUCAAGAGCAAGGCCAAGGCCGAGAAGGUCGAGAAGACCGAGGAGAAGGCUGAGGAGACACCUGCUGCCGCCGAGGCUGAGACCACUGCUGCCGAGCCCGCUACCGAGGAGGCCCCCAAGCCCGCUGAAUUGGCCGAGGAGCCAGUUGCCAAGCCGCUCGAGUCGACCCCUGUCGUGGCUGCCACCGCUUAAGCACGAUCUACCAUUUCCAGCGCCUGCCCUGCAUGACGUUGAAUUGGACGGGAAAAUCCACGAAAAUAGAGCGAACUCACGAACGACGAUGUCUCUCAACACCCCACCGUUGGGAGGUCUACGCACACACCUCCUUUGCACGCUGGGUUGGUCGGAAUCGGAUCUGCAUUUCAAGAUACCCUGCUCAAGACUGGUUCUUCUGAUACCCAUUUGCAGCCGACGCGGUGUGGGCUGGGCCUCCAGGACCC